CGCCUCUUAUCCAGUUCUUAAUCCAAGAUAAAUAUUACAUCAAUCGGGGGUGUCGCAGGACGCAGGCGCGGGCGGCUCGUCGGCCCAGUCCCGCACCGGCCGCGCCGCUGGCCGCACGUCGCGCGACACGGCCGCGACACGCGCCUCACCUACACAGACACAGCCACGUGUGUCCAACACAUUGCGAUCAACGGUCUUCCGAGUGUUUAUAACUGUGAUUGUAUUAGUGCGGUGAACUAACCUAUAUAAAAAUGGCGUGGGGAUAUUGGUCGGCGUCGUCGGUGAUGCCCGAUCGCGGGCGCAGCCCACGCCGCGCUGGGACUUCCGCUUCACACGCUCAUCCUAAUCCACCGACCGCGCGGGAAGUGUUAGAGACGCACGAUGAAAGCAUCAUCCACACGGCAUCUACGUCACGGGAUAGUCGCGAGCACUCCGCGUCGCCGCAUUCUUCAUCGAACGGCGGACACUCGCACCACCAACAUGAGGUGCGGCACGCGGUGCCGGCGAGCGCGCUGUUCGGAGAGAGCUACGAGAUGUCGCGGCGGCCAUCUUUGGAUCUCGGCUCGGUGCGAAGCGCGUUAGGUUCCUGUGGAGGUGGAGGCACGUUAAGCGCGGGAUCCACAUUAACGCGCGGGGGCACGCUCGCCGAUUAUCUACCGCCCGCGCCAUGCCCGCACCACCACCGCGUCUACGUCGACCACCACAAACACUAUGAGCAACCCAUUCAGCCCGUGCACGUGGGAGUGGCGCACCAUUCCCACUCGCACGCCUCCAGCCGCCACCACACCGAUGACGAGGACGACCUCGAGCCGGCCUAUGCUACAGUGUUCCCGAAUGUGCCGCCGGCGCCGGGCAUGUCUUGCGCGGGAGAAGACCGCAGCAUAUACAGGCGCGGCGCCCGGCGGUGGCGGAAGCUUUACCGCGUCAACGGCCACAUCUUCCAGGCCAAGAGAUUUAAUAGACGCGCCUUCUGUGCCUUUUGCCAGGACCGCAUCUGGGGCCUGGGCCGCCAGGGCUUCAAGUGCAUCCAAUGCAAGCUGCUGGUGCACAAGAAGUGCCACAAGCUCGUGCAGAAACCCUGCUCCAGCGAGCAUGUCGACCCUAUUGAAAUAAAGGAUGACGCCAAUGGGGAGAGCACGCUCGGCCGCGCUUCGUCCGUCAGGUCUCGAGCAGACCCGGAGCCUCCGCUGCCGGACACGCCGCCAGCGCCGGCGCCGGCGGUGCGCGAGGACCUGGAGCCGGGCUCGCAGCGCCAGUACUCGCUCGACGACUUCGAGCUGAUCCGAGUCAUCGGACGCGGCUCUUACGCCAAGGUGCUGAUGGUAGAACUGAAGCGGACGAAACGCGUGUACGCGAUGAAGGUGAUCAAGAAGGCCCUUGUCACGGACGACGAGGACAUCGACUGGGUGCAGACCGAGAAGCACGUGUUCGAGACUGCCUCCAACCACCCGUUCCUCGUGGGGCUGCACUCCUGCUUCCAGACUCCUAGUAGACUGUUCUUCGUCAUCGAGUUUGUGCGCGGCGGAGAUCUUAUGUUCCACAUGCAGCGGCAGCGGCGGCUGCCCGAGGAGCACGCGCGGUUCUACGCCGCCGAGAUCUCGCUCGCGUUACACUUCCUGCACGAGCGCGGGGUCAUCUACCGCGACCUGAAGCUGGACAACGUGCUGCUCGACCACGAGGGACACAUCAAGCUCACCGACUACGGCAUGUGCAAGGAGGGUGUCCGCCCUGGCGACACGACGUCCACCUUCUGCGGGACGCCCAACUACAUCGCGCCGGAGAUCCUGCGCGGCGAGGAGUAUGGCUUUAGCGUCGACUGGUGGGCCCUAGGGGUCCUCACCUACGAGAUGCUAGCUGGAAGGAGCCCCUUCGACAUCGCGCAGGCCGCCGACAACCCCGACCAGAACACUGAGGACUACCUCUUCCAGGUGAUCCUAGAGAAGACGAUCCGUAUCCCCCGCUCGCUGUCCGUGAAGGCCGCGUCGGUCCUGAAGGGCUUCCUCAACAAGAGCCCCUCGGAGCGGCUCGGCUGCGGCGAGAGCGGCUUCAUGGACAUCGUGCAGCAUCCCUUCUUCAAGAGCAUCGAGUGGGAGAUGCUGGAGCAGAAGCAGGUGGUGCCGCCGUUCAAGCCGCGGCUGGAAGGCGAGCGUGACCUCGCCAACUUCCCGCCAGAGUUCACCGACGAGCCCGUGCACCUCACGCCCGACAACGACAACGUGAUCGCGGACAUCGACCAAUCAGAGUUCGAAGGCUUCGAAUACGUGAACCCGCUCCUCAUGUCCCUCGAGGACUGCGUGUGACACCACGCUUGCCUGCUGCACCCCUACCACGAUCCCGCCAUGGU